CUAAAACCCUGAAAAGCCGAUCAAACCCUAGCGAACCCAUUACCUGGCAUCGAUGGCCACCAAGAAGCGGAAGGUCGACCAAGAGGAUGAGCUCCUCAUCUCCGCCGCCCCAAACCAUGCCGGCGAACUUCUCCCCCAGGCCCCUCACCAGCCCGUCGUGUAUACCCCGGCCCCGGCCUCUGACGAAGAGGAAGGCGGCGAGGACGAUGACGACGAUGACGUGGGGAAGCUGCUGGAGCCGCUCUCGAGGGACCAGCUUGUCGCCAUCCUCCGAACCACCGCUGCCGCAGACCCCGCCACUCUCGUGGAGAUCCGCCGCGUUGCCGACCUCGAUCCUGCACACCGCAAGCUCUUCGUUCACGGUCUCGGCUGGGAAACCACCGCCGAGGGCCUCCGCGCGGCCUUCGGCAGCUACGGUGACAUCGACGACUGCCGCGUCAUCGUCGACAAGGGUAGCGGCCGAUCCAAGGGUUACGGCUUCGUCCUCUUCCGCCACCGGGUCUCCGCUCGGCGUGCCCUUCGCCGCCCCCAGAAGCUCAUCGAUAAUCGCAUGACCUCCUGCCAGUUGGCCUCCUCCGGCCCCUCCGCGCCGUCCUCCCAUCAUCACAACUCCGCCCCGCAGCACCACCAAAACCUUAAUCCUAGUCCUGGCCCCGCCUCUCAUCAGGACAACAUCUCGAGGAAGAUCUAUGUGGGGAACGUCCAUUCCGACGUCGACGGCGGCCGCCUCCUUGCCUUUUUCUCCCAGUACGGCGAGAUCGAGGAGGGUCCCAUCGGCUUUGAUCGACACACCGGGAAGCCGAAAGGGUACGCCCUGUUUGUCUAUAAGACGGUGGAUGGCGCGCUGAGGGCCCUCGAAGAGCCAAACAAGAAUUUUGAGGGCCAUCUGCUCCACUGCCAGCGGGCCACUGAUAACAAGAGUAAGGCAGCGUCCCUUCAGAAUGCUGCGACACCGCCAAGUGUCGCAUCCAGCACAGGAGCUCUCAAUGGGUCCGGUUAUGCUGGGACUACGUCUGAUAUGGGGUUAGCACAGCAAGCUGCCAUGUUAGGUCAGGGAUUUAUGGGCAUGGCUGGGGCUCAAGCUUAUGCUCCGGGAAUGCAACCAAAUGCUGCAUUGCUCACUCUUCUGGCAGCAGCUGGGCAGAAUCCGGCAGCUUUCGGAGUCACACCAGCCAUGCUUGCUUCUUUGAACCCUGCUUUUGCUGCUGCAUUUGGUGUCCCGGGGAGCCAACAGGCUGUGCCUUCUUCAGUGAUCCCGCAGGCGGCACAGGUGCCAAACUAUGGGAUGGGAAGUGUUGCAUAUCAGGGACCUCCAGGAUUUCAGGGGUCUACUGGGUUUCAGGGAGCUUCUGGUUUUCAAGGUUCACCAGGGCUCCAAGGCCCUCCAGGUUUCCAGGGAACUCAGCCAGUUUCUCAACAAGGAGGAGGUGGCACUUCUUACCAGGGAGUUGCAGCAGUGCAGGGUCCUAUGUCAAGGCCACCAACUGGACCAAUGGGUGGAUACUGAUUACUCUAGUUUCAUACUGAGACCGUGGUUAUUCAUGUCAUUUAAAGAUCACAUGGCAUUUCAAUGUCUAUCGGCGCCGGAUAUCAAGAAAGGCUUCCAAUGCAACAGUUGUUCGAAUACUGCAACUUUAUUAGUUUUCUCGUUGUUUAUGGAUGUAUGGAUUUUGGACCUUAUCUUUUGACUUGAUAUUUCUUCUGUUCUUGGAACUCAGUCUCUCUGUUUAGUGUAAUGUUCAAUGCUGUUCAAAAUCUAUCUUUCCAUUAUGGAUUGUCAGUUUGGCUA